CAGCGGUCCAUAUUUUCGGCCGGGACAGUAGCACGGCCAGCAGCAGCGAAAGUGAGGAGUAACUCCUUGAACUGGGAUAAUUCUGACCGCCAGUACCGAUGAGCGAACAAAAACACAUAUGAAGGGCAGCAGGAUGAAUGUGGAGACUCUCAGUAAAGCUGAACUUCUGAUGCUGCUCAGCAUUUUGGAAGGAGAACUAGAAGCACAAGAUGUAGUCAUACACACACUCAGGGCACAACAGAGAGAUGCAUUUGCACAGGAGCGAUAUGGACAUUACAACCUCCGUGACCCCUUCGUAGCGCUGCUGAGAGACAGCGAGCUGUCGCAGGCUCAGGAUGAUGGAGGGCAGAGUCCCGUGUGUCUGAACCCGCUGGGUGUGUUGAAGCUGGUGAUGGCCCACUGCACCAACAUGAAGGAGAAAAUGAUGAAACAGCUCGCUGCUGCAGAGAGGAGACACAGAAGGGUAAUAGCUGAUUUAGAAGAAGAGAAACGGCGGCGUGCUCAAGACAAUGCUGCAGGUGAUGACAUCACGGCCAUGCUGGAGAAGGAACGGGACAGACUUCUGCAGCAGCUGGAGUUCGAGAGGGCCCAAAUCGAGCGUUUAGAACGUGAGCAUUCAGUCUUGUCGAAUCAAGCUGAGGAGGAUUUAGCACAACAGCAACAGUUAUCCUCGACGCUAGCGAAAGAAUGUCAGAAGGCUACAGCACGGGCAGAGGAGGAGAGCCACCGGGUUGCAGAGCUCAGCCGCCAACUGGAAAAGGAGACAAGUACCAUCAAAUCCCUAAAGGGGGAGCUGGAGAGCAAACACGCUCAUGCUCAGCAGAUAGAGGCAAGAGCUGAGAGAAAGCUCGCCGAAUUGGAUACAGAGCGUGAACAGAUGAGAGGUAAACUACUGAAGGAAGAAAAACGAUAUCAGGAGCUUUUGGAGAAGUUCAAUAGUCUAAAGAAAGAGUUGGAUGAAAUGAAAGAAAGUGAAAAGGCAGGACUGGAAAAGGACAAUGAAGAAAAUGUAAAAACUCCACAGAAAGCAACCACAGGGAUCACGCCUUCUCUUAGUCAAACAGAGGUUGACGGCAAAGCCAUUGCAUCUAAAUCAUCUUCGCAACCCAAGUUAAAUGGUCACCACACUCCCAGAGAACCAGAGUCUCCAGCAGACGAGAGGUGCAAGGAAGUGGGAUCGGUGGACACUGGGGUAAUGCUCCCUGGAGGAAGUGGAGCCUUGCAGUGUCUCUCCCCCAGCAGUCCCGCCUCGUCCUCUCUUAGCUCAUCUCCUUGCUCUUCCCCAGUACUGACCAAGCGUCUAGCCUCUAUAGGCUGCUCUAGUCCGACCUAUCCGGCCUCUUACCAGGCCAGCAUCAAUCAGCGAUUCCAAGCAGCACGCCACAAGUUUCAGCAGCAAGCUGAGGCAGAGCAGCAACACGGAGCAACCAUUGUCCACUCUCCUCGAGAUCUCUCUCCUACUGCCGCCGCUCCUACUACCCCAGACAAUUCUACUGCAAAGCAGAUUGCCCGCAACACUGUCACUCAGGUGCUGUCAAGGUUCACAAGCCAACAAGCGACAAGUAAACUCCCUCCAUCCAACAGCUCGCCCUUUGGCACUGAUUACCGUAACCUGGCCGCAGCCUCCUCGCCGACGGGGAAGAGCCCAGGGGUUAUGUCACCAGGGAUCCGCUCCCCAAUAAUUCCUAGGGCGGAGAAGAUUCAUCCACCGCCUAUUCCUCCUAAGAAGCAGGGGGUCAACCAGUCUCCCGGCUCACUGCUUCCUUCUGGGAGGGCCAGCCACUUCCCUGAGCUCUCUGGGAGCUGCGGUCUCACCAGUGGUCAGGAAGAUGCAAAAGAGCUCGACUUGGUCAUGUCAUCAUCUAGUUAACCAGCCUGGAGUUCACAGCCUGUGUGAUAUCUAAAGCACUCUCUCAGAGCCUCAAGGUUUCCUUCUUUUGUUAUUUUCACCCUGAUUGUCUUGUCAUAGUUAUUAAUUCUUGUCCUUAAAUGGAUAGUUCAUCCAAAAAAUUAGUUUUAUUCACCCUCAUGCCUUUAAUACCUUUUUGAAUCUUUUUGCUUUCCUGGACUUCCAGUGAAGGGACAGAAAUAUCUCACUGAAGAGUAUCUUAAGAGUAAUUUUUGUCCUGUGGUUUUGGAACAACUUGAGGGUGAGUAAAUGCAGACAGAAUUUUCAUUCUUGGAAGAACAAUCCUGUUAAGUACCUUGUUUUGAAUGACUCCUUAUCUGAAACAGUCCAGGUCUUGGAACCUUUACAAAUGAGCUAACGUGGUAAAGAAAGACAUCCCGAUUUUCAGUGUUCCAGAACUGAAAACCACUGGUCUGAAAGAGCAGCCAAACCUUCUUCUGGAGAACUACCUUUCUGCAAAAUGUUGCUCUAAUUUUAAUCAAACACACUUAAUUGGCUGUUCAAGGGGCCUCAUUUAUAAAAAGUGUAUCCGCUCACAUUUGAUCAUAGAGGAUGCCUGUGUUUAAAUCCAAGACAGCGCUCAUAUUUAUAAAAACUUUGACGUCACGUCAGGGUUUGAGCAGAAGUACGCACUUUUUGUCGGAGUAUAGCAGUUUUUUGAAAAUGUAAGCUGCUUUUGCAUCUCGAUCGCUGCUCUAGAUUAUGAUGAUUGCUCAUAUUUUAUGUGUUGAUUAUAUUAUGAGUGGUUUACAAGCAGAGAGACGAGCCAUUCAUUUGCGCGCAAGGUCAAGGUCGUUUGCGAUUCAUAGAUUUCACAUCUGAAAAAGACACUUGAUUUCUGACACGUGAUUUCUGUCCGUACAUUCAUUCAAUAAAUCGCAUAUGCACGUAACGGAGAAAUGAUCGCAAGAUUAAAUUUAGGAUGGUUUCUGUGCCACAUUUUAUAAAUGAGGCCCAAUGUGCUCAGGAUUACCUAAAGAUUAAAAGCAGAGCGGUUGGUUACCUCUGCUCUGGUGUAACGCUAACAAGGUUGUCCAACUCCAAGGUUGAAUUUGAAGGUUCACCUACCUGCAGAGUUUAGCUCUAAUGGUCUUGGGGUCCGAUUUUUUUAUUUUAUUUGAAUUAUCAUCAUUAUUAUUUGUUUUACUUUUUUUAAUCCAAAUGCUCGCUUCAGAUGCGAAUUUGCAGAAAAAAAAUUAUUUGGUUAGAAUUUUUUACGAUGGACGAAAGUUUCAGAUGGACAACCAAGGGUCUAAUUGGUUCUUAAAGGUGACUAUUUUUAUUUUUUUUUUUUUUUUUCUCGGCGUGCAAAAAUUUCGGCCGAAUAACUCGCAAUGGCAUUAACUUUGAAUAAACACUCUCAUUAAAAAAAGAG